UUGUGCCUCCCACCUGCCCUAGUGGGGGUCCCCCGCCCAUCCCAGUGUCCCACCACCCACCUCCCCUUCUCUGAGCCCAGGCUUCUAGUGCGCCACUACCCUGGUGCGCCUCUCCUGUCAAUCCCCGCUGGCCUGGGAACUGCCCCCCCCCAUUCCUGUGCCUCCCCCAGGAAUGCUGGUCAUGCCCCUCCCCAUGUCUCACUCACCCCCUUUCUAUCCAGGGCACAUCCCUUCUCUUCUCUGGGGUGCUUCUGCCCCUGGCCCUCUCACCAUGCUCUCUCUCUUUCCUGUUCCCCUCCCGGCUGUAUCCUCCCACAUGCUUAUGGCCCCCCUCCCUUAUUAGGGACCAUCUUCUAUCACCUUCCCAGAAUCCUUAGGGACCCUCCUGCUGCCCCAUCUGCCCUCUCUGGAAUCUCCCACCGCCUGUUUCCCUAGGCCCUGCUUCUCUGGGGUCACCUCCCUCAGGGCUACCCCGAGGCAUCCGUGGUGCCUCAGCUCCUGCAGGGCUUGUGCGCCCCAGGCCUCCCCUGUCCCUAGGUCUGGAUCUUCCCUAGAGCCCUAAUGCCACAUGCUUUCCCCUCUGCAGGUCACGUGGUCCCUUUCCUCACCCACCCGCGGGUGCCAGCCCUGCACCUGGACAGCGGCACUUUCCUCUUCUCCCCGAAUCCCCGCCUGUGUCGCCACUUCUUCCUCCUGGCGGGAAAGGAGCCAAGCGACCUCACCAAUCAGUGGCUCGAAUGGGAGGCAACGGAGCUGCAGCCGGCCGUCUCCACGGCCCUCUAUCGCCACGUGGUGCAAGGAAAGAAAGGAGGAGAGGUCCUAGGGAAAACCCUCAGCUACAUAGAUCAACGCUUGACCGGCAAGGCUGCUCCCUACCUCGCCGGGGUGAGUAACGCUCGGUGCCGGCGGGGGCAUGGCUGGGUUGGGAGCAGAGCCCAGGAGUCCUGGCUUUUGAACUCAGGGAAAUCGUUAGCCCAGGGGAGCUCUGACUUGGCCCCGCAUGGCUGUGCGGGCAGCUGGCCGGGGCGGGAAGGAAGCAGCUUCCUGGAGGCCCACGCCAAGCUUCCCACAGCCUGCCCCCCAGGUCCUCACUGCCCACGGGGCCCAGCUCCCCCUUCGGCCAGGUACUGCCGCCUGCGGAACUGGAACACCCUGUACGUGUGCGGCACGGACGAGUACGGCACUGCCACGGAGACCAAGGCCCUGGAGGAGGGGCUGACGCCCCAGCAGAUCUGUGACAAGUACAACACCGUCCACACCCAGAUCUACCGGUGGUUUGACAUCUCCUUUGACUAUUUUGGCCGGACCACCACGGCCCACCAAACCACGGUCCAGCUCUACAACUUCAUGGCCAAGGACAACGUCCCCUUCCACAGCGUCGUCUUCCCCUGCACGCUGCUCGGCACCCAGGAGAACUACACGCUGGUCCGUUCUCUCGGGCUUUCCCCAGAGUACCUGAACUACGAGGAUGGGAAGUUCUCCAAGAGCCGCGGCGUGGGGGUGUUCGGGGACAUGGCCCAGGACACGGGGAUCCCCGCCGACAUCUGGCGCUUCUACCUGCUCUUCCUGCGCCCCGAGGGGCAGGGCAGCGCCUUCUCCUGGCACGACCCCCUGCUCAACAACUUGGGCAACUUUGUCAACAGGGCCGGCAUGUUCGUCUGUAAGUUCUUUGCCGGGCGUGUCCCCUCCAUGGAGCUGGGCGCGGACGACAAGCGGCUGCUGGCUCACAUCACCCUGGAGCUGCGGCAGUACAACCAGCUGCUGGAGAAGGUCCGGUCCAGCCAGGGCCAGGGUUUUGUGGCUGGGUGCCAGGCUGCUGUCCCCAGUUCUGAUGCGGCCGCCCCGUUUUCCAGGGUUCGGGCGGGCACAGUGACGGGCGUGGCCAUCAACAUCGCCUCCCUCAUCUCGGUCAUGCUGCAGCCGUACAUGCCCAGCGUCAGCGCCACCAUCCAGCGCCAGCUCUGCAUGCCGCAGGCCUACAGCGUGCUCCCGGACGCCUUCCUCUGCCUCCUGCCCCCAGGGCACCAGAUCGGCACAGUGAGCCCCCUGUUCCAGAAGCUGGAAAACGAGCAGAUCGAAGCCCUGCGGAAGCGCUUUGGUGGAGGGCAGCCUGAAGAGGCCCCUGUACAGCGGAAGGCCCAUGCCGCCCGGGUGGCUGCAGCCAACCAGACACCCCCUGGAGCGGGGGAAGGCGCUGGGCUGGCAGGGGACCCCCAGAAGGCCAAGGAGCUGGCUGAGGAGGUGGCCAAACAGGGGGCCCACGUGCGCCAGCUGAAGGCCAGCAAGCAGGAGAAGGGGCAGAUCGACGCUGCAGUGGCCAGGCUGCUGGAGCUGAAGCAGCAGCUGGCGCUGGCGGAGGGGAAGACCCCGGAGCCCCUUGCGGCCAAGGGGAAGAAGAAGAAAUAGCUGGAGCGCCUCAUUGCAGCGGCCGGCAGUGCUGGGCCUCUCCCUGGCCCAGA